GAAAGUGUGGUAAAUUACGAGAUUAACCUUCGCGUUGAUUGUCUUCUCUAAUCGAGAGUUCAGCAAUCCUCGAGUCGAGAGCAUGGUGGUUUUUUUUAGGUUAAACUACGAAUAGAGAAGACAACAAAAACAAUUUAGGUAAGAAGAGAUGGAAGAGAUGUUGGCUCUGAUAGUCUCAAUGAUCCUCAUAGCUGCGGUGAUACCCUUGUUCUUGUGGAAACAACGUCGGGUAGACAGUAGUAGUAGUAGAUCACGUGAGGAAGAUGCAGCACCUCCGCUGGUUCAGGCGCGUGAAAACGUGGGACGUGCUACUGGUGGUGGUGGUGGUGGGCGUAGAAUGCGUCGGAGACCUGCAGCUUCUGCUGCUGCUGCUAGCUCCUCUUCUUCAUCAAACGUUCAAGAAAAUAUCAGUGGGAGUGAAGAUGAGGAUGAAGAUGAAGCCGGUGGGAAUCAGGCCAGAGCAUCAAAGAAGAAAGAGAAGAAGCGACAAGAACGAGAAGAACAAAGACAGGCUGAAGAAGCUGCACGGGAGUCAAGGAGUACAAAACAAGAUUGGUAUGCAGAGAUGCGGAGGAAGAAGGACGAAGAGCGUGAGGCAGAGGAGCGGAAGUUGGAAGAAGAAGAAAAAGCACGACAAGCCAAGGAAGAAGAGGCAGCUGCGUUAGAGUUUGACAAAUGGAAAGGAGACUUCUCAGUUGAUGCCGAAGGUACCACAGAGGAAGUGGAAGGUGGGAAUCAAGAUUUGCUUUCAGAAUUUGUUGAAUACAUUAAGAAACAGAAAUGUGUUCCACUUGAAGAUCUUGCAGCAGAGUUUCAUCUAAGAACUCAGGAAUGCAUCAACAGGAUCGCCUCGUUGGAGAGCAUUGGGCGCCUCUCGGGGGUUAUGGAUGAUAGAGGAAAAUACAUUUACAUAUCAAUGGAAGAGAUGAAUGCGGUUGCGGAUUACAUCAAACGUCAAGGAAGAGUUAGUAUCUCACACCUAGCAAGCAAGUCGAACCAGUUCAUCGACUUGGAGCCCAAAGUUCAGCAUGAGCUGACUGAAGAAAUCAGCAGCGUAGAAGAGAUCUCGGUUUCUUAGUUCCUUGUUCGCAGUUUCUCUCGUCCUUUGUCGAAAACAAGAGUAAGAAAAAAGUCUUAGGGACUCGUUGUAACUCGUUGACCACCUUGUUUUGAUUUUACUAGUUUGAGAUACAUACAUCCAUAUGCAGUACAUGAAA